AUGUCCGAGGCCAAGUUCAACAAAGCCGUCGAGAUCAUCCAGAGCCUCCCCAAGGACGGCCCCGUCAAGCCGACGCAGGACGACCAGCUUUACUUCUACAAGUACUUCAAGCAAGCCACUGUCGGAGACGUGAAUACGCCCCGCCCGGGUAUGCUCGAUUUCACCGGCAAGUUCAAGUGGGACGCGUGGAAGUCGGUCGAGGGCACCCUCAGGGAAGAGUGCUGGACCAAGUACGUCGAGAAGCUGAUUGAGAUCCUGAAGCGGGCAGACGACGAGGAAUCGAAGAAGUACCUCGCAGAGGUCGAGUCGGUGUAG